UGUUUUUGCAAAGUGUACAGUGGAAUAAAGUGGAAGUGAAUGAGAAAGGCAGAGUGCAGAAAAUGUGAUGCUGCUGCUGAUUUUUUCCAGCUUCUCUACACAGAAAAAGAAGCCUGAAGAUGAAGAUUGAUAAGGGUUAAAAUGGUUAUACACUGUUUAUAUAAUAGUUAUUAUAACAAUGUACUGUAUCAAAUACAAUAGGUUAUAUAAGAGGUGAUGAUGGAGCUUUAUAGACAGUUUCAUCUCAUUGUUUUACUGUUUCCUGUCAUUUUCAGCCACAUUAGGCAGCUGUUUUCAGAGGAAAAAAACCCCAAUGUACACUACCUGCUCAACAGCAAACAGCAAACAGACACAGUGAGCGACCAGCUGGUGAACACAGUGGAGCAUUUAGCAGCUAAAGAGACAGAUAUUUCCCUGAGGAGUUGUUAGAGAGCAAAAACAGAGAUAAAAGAGAGUGAAUAUUGGACUUAAACUCACCCAUUGGACAGAAUCACGACUCCAAAAGAAUGAUAAUGUUGCUCCAAAACUGUUGGAUGUCAAGUAGCUGUUUCCUAAUAAGUUCAACAUACCAACUUAACCCUUACAUACUGUUCAGGAUCAAAUUUGACCCAUUUGUUUUACAUUUAAGAACUGUAAAACACAUUUCCUUUAGCUGAACCUUUCUUAAUGUGACCCACAGUAUGCAAUUAUGGAAACAAAAUGCAGCUGAUACACAUAAUUAUAUAAGCAAAUAUACAAAUUUAACCUUUUAAUUAAGAAAAAAAAAAUCAAAAAUCUGCAUUCAAAACAUGUUAUGUUCAUCAUAUUCUAUAAAAUGUUAUCCUAGUGAUUGUGAAUGGCUUUUUCCAUAAGAUUAAUAACAUGUCACUUGACUGACAUGUUGUUUUGUCAGCUGGUGAAAUAUAAUAAAUUAAGCCUUAUUGAUGCACAAGUGUUUUAGAAUAUUUAAUUAUUUCUUAAUGAAUCACAACAGGCUAAACAACCACUUGUUUUUGAUAUUUUCAUUCUAUCAUGAGCUGAAGUCCUCACAACCUUGAGUUUCUAUUAUUCUAUUAUUGAUUUUCACUGUCAGUCUGAGCUUUGAACCUCUCUCCUCCUCCUCAGAGGUGUGCAGGGAUGCGGAGCAGCAGCAGCCUCCUCCACAGGGCUCAGAUGGGUGCUGCCUGUGUUCAGCUCCUGUUGGCUGCCACCCUGUGGACGAUGCCUCACAUGGGAGCUGCUGCUGUGCUGUCGAGCUCCACAGAGCAGCUCAACACGACCAGAGCCGCAGCAGACGCACAGUCUGACGUCAGGAUGCUCACCGAGGGUAUCAGUGCGCCUCACAGCAGACGUAAACGAGCCAUUUCAUCCAGAGAGAUUAAUGCCCUGCUGGACUACCACAACCGAGUCCGCUCUCAGGUCUUCCCCCCUGCUGCUAAUAUGGAGUUUAUGCUCUGGGAUGAAGGACUUGCUAAGUCAGCCGACUCUUGGGCUUCACGGUGCGUUUGGGAUCACGGUCCGCCGCAAGCCAUGAAAUAUUUGGGCCAAAACCUGUCAAUCACUACAGGAAGGUACCAGUCCAUCACUGAUCUGAUCAGGUCCUGGUAUGAUGAGAGGCAUUAUUUCUCCUACCCGAACAGAUGCAGUGGACCUGUGUGCUCUCACUACACUCAGAUGGUGUGGGCGAGCACUAACAGAUUGGGAUGUGCUCUCAGGAAGUGUGCUAACAUAUCUGUGUUUGGAAGCACCUGGAGCGAGGCGGUGCUGCUGGUCUGCAACUACUCCAUGAAAGGAAACUGGGUGGGAGAGGCUCCUUAUAGCAGCGGGAAGCCUUGCUCAGCUUGUCCGUCCAGCUACGGCGGCUCCUGCUGGAGAAACCAGUGCUCACCAAAGCCAAAAACCAGAAGACUGACAAGAUACUGACACAACACUGGAUUUUAAACUUGUUUUAAUGGAAGAACGAGAGAAAAUUACAAAGUCAUCAUUAUCCAUGUAAAGACGAGCUUUAAUUAACACACAGGCUGCAUUCAGAAGCAAUUUUGACAUAUAAAAAAAAUAAUGCAGCUGUCCAGUUACCACUAUUACCAUCAAAGUUAUUAAUUCAUGCGUUUUCAUUGCUGUUGAUUGUCCAAAUUUCACUAAUAUUAAAAACAAAAUAUUAUUUUCUUUUAUUGGUUGAAAGAAAAUUGCCUAUUUUUAUACUUAUUGAAGACAUAUAUGGAGAGUUUUUUGCACUGUUAUUUGAUUAAUUUGCUGCGUUGUGUGACUAUUGAGGGCAUAGAACAAAGAAAUUAAGCACUUUUGUUGUACAGAUUAUACUUAUUGUAACCUUGGAUGUGUUAUUGAUCCUCUUGCUAACCUGAUUAUAAUAUUUUUCUUUGUUUAACAUUAAAAAAAAACCUGUCAAGUCAUUCCUGCAGUAAACCAGCCUGUGUUUUAAUUUUUGGUUGUCUGUUUGCCUGAGUGAACAUUAAUUAAGUUAUAAAUAACCUAUGGCACUCUAUAUGCCUAUAAAUAAUCUGCUGUUCACCACUCGUGUUUAUUCACUGCUGCUGCAGGAAAUUUUCUGUCCUGCAUUUCACCUCAUUACAUCUCUCCAUUUACCCCUCAGAGGCUUUCUCUGCCAUAAAACUGGAGCCUAAUGCAGCUUUUAUGGUCUAAAAUAUGAGAGAAUCAGCUGUGCCUUCAGAUCAAUUUAUGGACACAGACACACACAGACACACAGAUAAAAACACACACACACUAUUUGAUAUGGAAACCUGAAAAAGUGUCUUGCAAACGAGUGUAAAGAGCAACUUAGCACUUUCUGCAUGAGAGGAAAGUUUUGCUUAUUCUACGUUUUUUUUUUUGGACAGCUCCGCUCAUCAUAACUACAUUUGUUGUUUUUGCCAUUUUAUAUAAUUACUUGUCACCAAUCAUCACCGUCACAAGUCAAGGCCUCCACAAACACUCUGGGAAAUAUCCAUCUUUGCCUCCGUGCCAAGACUUAGAGGAGAAGAUUGAUCCACUUUUGUGUCAGUGAAGCUACAGCCAGCAGUCGUUUAUCUUAGCUUAGCAUCGAGACUUGAUACAGGGGGGGAACAACUAGAUAGGCUCUGUCCAAAGGUAACAAAAUCAGCCUACCAGCACCUCUAAAUCUCACUAAUUAACAUCUCAUUUGUUUAAUCCGUACAAAAAGCAAAGCGUAAAAAUAACAAGUUGUAGUAUUACAGAGGUUUAGGUGUCAGACUGUAUCUUGCUGAGGCAAAUUAACUUCCUGGAAACGUGUCGUUUUCGCUCAUUAUUGUACAGAUUAAACAAACAAGACAUAACUUUUUAAUUAAGCGACUUUAAGAGUGGCUGGUACGUGGAUUUUGUCAUCUUCAGAGAGAGCCAGGUUAGCUGUUUUACCCUGUUUCGAGUCUUUAAACUAAGGUAAGCUACUUGAUUACAUGCUGUAGUUUCAUACUUAACCAAUAACCACGAAUACAGCAUCAAUUUUCUCAUCUUAUUCUCAUUUUAGCAUCAUCAUAGCAAGAAAACAACUAUGUGUAUUUCCAUAAAUGCCAAACAAUUCUUUUAAGAGAUUGUCAAAUUACAUAAAAACACCAGUGAAAUCCUGAAUAUGAGUCUUAUAUUGGCAAGAUUGUCCAAAUAAAUCAUGUUAAACAUCAUUAUUAUUGAGCAUGACCUACUGUAAGAACAUAAACACAAUUUGCCUGAUUGCUAGCUGCUUUCUUUCAACCUGGAUGGUGUAAAAUUGGCCUUUUAAGAAAGUGAAACAGGUGUAUGAUUUCCUAUAUCUGCAGGUAGGAUUGUGGAAAUAACAUUUUAAGAUUAGUCAGUGGGCGUCCUGCUAUCCACAGGUGUUUCUCGCCCAAUUUGACAGCUAAGCAGUGAACUACUUUUACCCCUUCAGUCAAAACAAAACUGAUUAGGCCUACGUCACUCAUCAUACACAGUUUGUUAGCUGCCACCCUCAGUACAUUCUCCACUCCUCUCUGUCUUUUAUGUCACUCCCCCGCCCCUCUGGCUUUCUCUCUCCUUUUGUAUAAACUCUUGUUUCUUAUUCAACGCUCGUAUUUCGCCCCUUAAUCUGUAUGUUGAGAAACCGCUGUCUGGAGAUGAGGAAGAGGGGGAAAGCACAUAAUAACUUUAUGUCUAUUUGAGUUUCUAUCAUCAUGUUGCCAUAGUUACAGCUGCUAUAUAGAUUGGUGUCCAUACGAGCCUGGUUACUGUUUAACCUCCCCACCCACAUUUGCCCAGAUUAGGAAAAUCAAUAAGAUAACAGCGGCAACACCGGCCUUACCUUGCACCAACAACACCCUUCUCACACUACAGCGGCUCCCAAACUUCCACAAUUUACACCUUAUGGUGCAGGAGGAAAAAAGUGGAUUAAAAAAAAAAACAUGCUUGAAAGGAAGCAGAAGACGACAUGGUCAAUGUAAACACACAAGUCAGCUCAAGUAUGGAACUUCCAUUUGGUGAGUACACACUCAUGUUUUUAUCAACUUGUCUCGCCGCAUUCAGAGAGAGACGCUGGAGUGUGGCAGCUGCUUGGCUUUUUUCUUUCUUUUCUCUGUGUCUUUGCUCAGCAGCAGCAGCCGCAGGAGCAGCCGCCCGGCUCCUGAGCUCGGCUGGAUCACAACUGACUGUUUCUUGAGUGGAAAUAUCAACCGCCAUUUGUAUCUGGCUUUUUCACACGGCUGUAAUCCAGGAGGUGUGUCAGAGAUAUGGAGGUUGUUAAAAAAAAAAAGGCUGUGGAAGCCGGGGCCUUGGUGGUGGUGAUGAUGGUGCAGAGGCUGAAAAAGGGAUGAUUUGAAAUGAUGUUGUUGCUGCUGUUGACAUGAGUAGUGGCGUUUUGAGAAGCUGCAGCGAGGGAUGAAGUGUUUUUAUUCAUGAGGUGCUGAAAACUUUCUUUCUGCAGAGUUAGAAGCCUGAAAUAUUAAAGCUGUGAUGAAAUUUUGAUGAGGGUUUAUAUUUUGAAGUAGCUAUGGUGUAUUUUAUAUGAUGCUGCACAUCCACAGUAGAGGGUUUGAUACAUUUGACAUCACAGAAAUCCUCCAUCCUUCACAUCUCUCCUUUUACGUUGCUGCUGCUGCUGCUGCUACAGGCUGCAGACGCUCCCCCGUGUGUGUGUGGGUGGGUGUGUGUGUGUGUGUGUUUGUGUCUGUUUUGAACAAUCUCAGUGAAAGCAAAGGCCUCACUGAGCUACCUCUCAACACCGACAGUUAGUCUGGUUUUUAUUUUUACUCCUGUUAUCAUCCAUUGAAUCAUUUGCAUGUCACAAUGGGAUGCGGAGAUGCAAAUCCAUGUUCUGAAAGCUCUGCCAAAUGAGAAAAACAGAUAGAAAAUGAGACUAAUGUGGCGGUUUGUGUGCCCACUAACGGGUGAUUUGCAUUUUAUUGAGCUAAAUGAUGAUCUUAAUCACAACUUUCAGGUCUUUCUCUGAAUAACUCCAGUGUUGCAGGUGUUAACGGCUCAGCUUUAGUAUUUACAAGCUUUAUUCCACACAUCAACCCAUUACUAUUGGCCUACUUAAAGGAUAAGUUCACAAUUUAUCUAUUGUCCUAAAACAAUAUAGGUCUCCAAUUGGAUAUUGAAACAUGUUUUUGCUGUUAUCGUUCCUCCUUUUCAUAUUGACCAUUAUGCACAUUCAAUGUAAGUGAUGAGGGACAAACUCCACUGUCCUUCUUCUGUGUUAAAAUGUAGUUUAUUUAAAGCUAAUAGGAUGAAAACACUGUUUCAAUGUUAAUUUGGGCUCCUGACUAAUGUCCUUUGGCACAGUGAAAUUCAUCAUUUUGUCUCAAUAGAAAGGUGUUUUUGUUUUUCCUUUCUCCUGUUUGAAACUCUUUUCUUGUUAUGUGAUCAGACAAUACUAGUGAUGUGUAACAUGAACUGAACCCCUGGAGGCCUUAAUAGAUGAUAAAAUUAAGAAUAUAUAUAUAAGUGCAGCACAGAAUGUGUUGCUCUAGUAGAUUGGUGAUAUUGUUAUUAUUUGUGAUAUUGGAAAUUUCCUCCACUUGACAAGCUAAUCACUAACCUGCUAACCAGCCAGAAACAUGCUCGUGCUAUAGUAUGUAGGUAGGAGGCGUUGGCCAUAUUUAUAAACAAUGGUGCAUGAGGACGCAGGUCUGUUGAGUAGAUGUAUAAAGAUAUCUGGAUACAGGAAGAGUGCCAUAUAGACAUAGUGGCCAAACAGUGUAAUUACAUCACAUGAUGCUGUUGAGCCUAAGAAGACUUUCCCCCAUAAACUUAUAUAAAAAAGAGAUGUCUGUAAAUCAGCAGAUAUAUUUUUUGAGCAUCAUGACCCCUGGGAAAUGACUCAUUUCACUAUCAGAAUUGGAUCCACUCAGUCUGAUCACAUUUUGAAACUCUAGACGAGGGGCAAGAUUGAAUUGUUUUAUCCCCAUUCAAGUUAGCUGAAAGUUUGCUGUCUCUGCAGCAUGCUCCAUGGAAGCAUCCGACCCACAGAGUGUGAGCAAUAUAUUUUCAGGAAGUUGCUUAUUUGUCUUCACGCACCACUGAGAAACUUUCCUAUGAAUGAACGGUGCCCAUCAUCAACGCUGUAUCCAGUCCUAUUUAUACAUGGUGUUGAUGCUGAUGUAUCACAAGUCUUGACUUUGUUCUAAACUUCUUUGAGAUAUUUACAAUGUUUAGAUCAAAGGCUGAUCAAUAUGAUGAGCGUGAAAAAAUGGCAUGAUGGCCUCUUGAAGACUGAAUGUGAAAACUCGACACUGUUAUUACUCUUUGGAGCCAUUUCUAAACCAUUUUUAACCAUUUUUAGUCAACGUCAGAGGUCUGCAGCAGAGGAAUAAGAUACAUCAGGCUUUUAAUACACACACAAUACUAAGUAGAUCAAUCCAUUAUUGGUUUGGCUCUGUGCAUGAGAUUUAUUGACAAUAAGAAAACAUAGAAAAUCACCAGUCUUAUCCUUUAAAGGAUAAGUAUGACGAUAACCUACAUUUAUCUUAUUGUCAACAAAUCCAACAGUAAAUUGAAACAAGGAUUUUCUGAUAUAGUUUAUUCUCUCUGAAUCGCAGAAAUGAACCACACAGUUGCACCAGGUUACAUGUUCCCUCAUUACUAUGAACACACACACAUGGUAGUUUAUAUUGAGUCUCUCCCACAUAUUGCCCGGCUGCCAUAUGUCCUCUCUCAUCUGCAGCUGAAAAAAGUCCCCAACAAACACGCCAUUUACUCCUGUUUGAGUAAAACGACAAUGGCCAGUAGUUUUUAAGGCAAUAACAAAGCAUCUUUAAACACAAUUGUAAAUAUCUGUUUUAUACAUUUAUUUUAAUAAAAUUUGCAUCUUCAGCAAGAACCAGUGAGCUUAGAGCGGGUCGGACUAGCACACCAUUUAUUUUGAUCUUUUCAUUGGAUUUGUUAACAAUAACAAAAAUAAAGAAUAAAUAUCAUUUAAACUACACUCUGUAUAAAAAAGAAAUCUAAGCUAUAACAAAGAAUCAGAUGAUGCAGUGUUUGUGUUAUUCUCCGUUUAUUCUCUCCUAUUACGUGAGAGGAUGUUUGAGUGUUUUGUUUAUAACCACCUAAAAACCUGUGAGUGAGUCGCUUUGUUUUUUGAGUGCAACAGCAACCUUUUUCUGCAACCCGGGACACAUUUAUGUUACAAAUGCAUUCUUUGGCAGCGGCCUACUCUAAGCUUCUUUUUGGCCUAGAUCGGGUUAUACUAUGCUUCUUUGUCCAAACCAACUGCAAACUAGUGUUCGGGUCACUUCUACUUUAAAGUGGUGCUGACACAAUGUCGCUUGAGAGCAUUACAAAUUAAACAUGUGUAAAUUCUAAUGUUAUAUAUACUAUAUAGAUGAAUAGUUCAGCAGCAGAUAUAAAGAUCAUGAUGACUAAAGGCAAUCAUAUCAAAGAUGUGGAUCAAUUUCUAGAAUAUCUGAGCAUGUCUGGUACAAACUCCUCUAGAUUUACUUGCUGAGAGAAACAGACAAACUUCCCGUUUUAACAUGAUUCCCUUAACUUAUGAUAUAAAUAACUUUGUGUCAGACACAUGGGAUUAAUUGCUCAACGGUCACAGCCUGGACAAACUCCCGAGCAGUGCUGUUGGCAGAUUCACUUGGUGAAUGUAAACAUGACAACAGCCGUUCAACAGCCCCUCAGCCCCUAUCUGUUUGCCUAGGAAGCUGAAUGACUUGACCGCAGGGCGCAGAGCGAGGUCUGGCUCCUCCAUGAACCCCAUCUGAGUCACACAGAGCCAGUUAUCGGGUCAAAACGACUAAACUAGACUCACAAAUAGAACAUUUUCUUGGCUAAUGGCUGUAAGAAGCUGAGAUUUUGGAUAUGAUGGAGUGGAAAGUUAAAUGGUGCAGCGUGGCUAUGGAUGUAGUGAUGAUGAUUUAUUCAUGGGAUAAAUUACAUCGAUACAAUACCUGGAAUGUUUGCUAAGGUUUCGGCAUGUGAAAGACAUUAAUGCACUGAAAUGAACUCAAUAAAAACACAUUAAACUAAGAACAUGUGCAGACACUGGCCUAAGAUUAAAAAAAUAACCAAGCAUAUUAGCAUAAAAACAUGCAUAUAACACUUGAAUAACACUUAUUUAAUGUUUGUAAGACAACUCUACCAAAGUUUGAGUUGUCUGCUGUUUCCAUAUUUGAAAUAUACGGCACUACCCUGAUUUUGACACACUGUAUUUCAACAACAGAUGAAAGUAAUGAAUCAUUUUUAAAGACAUUUUUAUAGAAACACUAAACCGAGGCUCAAGUUUGGACCCGUAGUGUACAGUAUUUAUGUCUAAAUAAUGGUGACUGAAGGAUAUAUUCCCAUUGUUUCAAGUCUGUCCUAAAACAGUAAUCACGGGUAUUGACAUGUAUAUCGAAGGAACGGUUGAUGUUCCUCUUUUCCACGCAGGUCAUGAAAUCCACUCCUAGCGUGAUGUAGUGAUGGAGGCUAAUAUGAGGCUUCAGAAGUCCGAGUUGAACAAAUCAAGCAGAUAUUUACCACAAGUUUAAGUCUUUUAAGUACAAAAUUCACUCUUUGAGUUUCCUUGCUGAGCUACAGCGGAGAAACACAGAAUUUCACACUAAAUAAAAACGUGAUUUGUCUAAACUUGACUGAACAGAUACAUUUUGGAUCCGUUUAUAUGGAGAAAAGGAACAAUUACAGCAGCCAAAAUUACUCUGAAUAUAUGAAUAUUACCAUGUAACUAUUGUUAAAAUAGACUUGAAAAAAUGUCAACUUAUCCUUUAUUUAUUAUUUUACAAUUUUCAUCUGGGAAGAAUGUAGGAUUUUAUUUAAUUGGAUUAAAUCCUUACUCAAUUACUACACGUUUAGUUAUCAUAGACUCUCUCCAUAAACACAUUACUAUUAUAACCAGCUGUAAGUGAAUAUCAGGGGAUGCUAACACAAACUAUGCAUACAAAUCUAACAAUGAAUGCUCAAUUUAGAUUCUUUACUUUUGAAAUUGUCAUCGUGCAGCUUUGUUUCAGCUCACUUUAAUAAAAAAUGUUUGUUUAGCCACUUUAUGACUCUCUAUUCUUGUAUAACCAGGUGUCACUAUAUGAACUGAUCAGACAGUAACAGUAAUGUAUAACAUGAGCAUGAUCUCUACGUACAGUGAUAUAAAAUAAGAUGAAGAAUAUAAAUAAAGGCAGCUUUUAAAAAACAAACAGUACAGUGUAGUGUCAGCUAAUGAAGUGAAAUGUACUGUUUACUGUAAUAAAAUCUACAUCUACACGUGUCUCUCCGCUGUUAUACAGAAAGCCCAAUUAGCAGCCUGUUUGGAGGGAGGGUAUUACACACUGACACUAUUAAUCCGGGUGUUCAAGUCUCCAAUCAAAUCUCAUUGUGACAGGCAUUAGAGGAUUAUCCCCGUGUGCCUUGGGCCCUUACAACCAGCCCAGUGGCCCCGGCAAAACAGCACUAAACCAGUAACAGUGGCCCUGCUUCUCCUCCCAGCCUGCCUCAGCCUGGCUGGGCCUGAGAGAGUCGCCGAGGCUCAUGGGCCUUCGCUCAGCUGGCCGGCUCACUGUCAGGGCUCGGCCUUCACAGGGAUGUAUGGCCAGGAUGGGACGCUGCACUUCUCCAACCCAGGUAAAGGUAAAAAAAAAAAAGAGGGACGUUUCCCAAACGAGGCAGAAAGAACCGUGAGAAUUAGUCGACGCUUGUAGAUUAUUCCAGAGUUGAAUAACAAGCUGCUGUUUGCGCAUUAAAACCACAGAGCUGUUUGUGGUGGAGAGUAAAGCUGCUGGAAGCUGAUGUGAAAAUGUUAUACAGUAGUUAUACAUGUUUCUAAUUCACUGCUGCUUGAAUAUUUAGAAAGAGAUGUGACGUAUAGAGCUGUUUUUGAGACAGAAAAGCUUUGAAUGUUGGAUGUUUAAAAUAGCUGCUUCACUGAGUGAAAACAUAUGGACACAAAUUGAUGUUAAAUUCAUGUUUGUUAGGCUACAAAUGGCUUCAAAUGGCUCUAUGUGAUGCCUACAAAAUAAUUCAAUGAUUUAACAGUUUGAGCAAUCUGAAUUGAGUGUUGACUACUGUUAUGUGUCCACAUGAUGGCAGCAGUAAGCAGUGAUAUCAUGCUGCCUGACAGACAGCGGUGGGAGCCAACAGUACAUUCACUCAAGUACCACUCAGGCAUAAUGUUGAGCUACUUAUACUUUGAGUACUUCCAUUUUAUGCUACUUGAUACUUUAACAGCACAACAAUAAUCUGGCAGUUUGAGUCACUUGUUACUUGCAGAUUAAAGAUUUCAAAUGAAAAACGUGUGAUGAGUUUAUAAAAUAUUCUGCAUUUUUAUAGGUUGAACCACCCAAAAGUUGUUAAAGUUGUUAAAAUCAGCUCCUCGUUGGCUCCUUACAUGUUAAUGCAUCGGUGCUGAUAAUCCAAAAAGUCAUUGUAACACUGACAGGAGCCAAUGUAGUACUUUUAAUGCUUUAGGGUUAGGGUUCGGGUUUUGCUGAUUUGACUUUUUUUACAUUAAAAAAUAAUUGAAAAUCUACUCGAGUUUUAUUUAUACAGCGCAAUAUCGCAAAUCAUACAUUUGCAUUAGGGGGUUUCACAAUCUGUACAGCUAUACUGUACUGUAUCCUUAGGCUUUAAAUUCAGAUGAGGAAAAACUCCCUUUAAAUCCCUUUAAUGGGUAAGAAAAUCAGAUGAGGGAUUUCUCUUCCAGGAUGGACAG